CAUUCAAGUCCGCGCGCUUUUUGCCCUGACUAGCUCCAUCUCUCUGUCGGACCUCUUUGUCGUAUGUUGACCGCAUUAUCGUUUCAUUAUACAAAUGGACGGCAGGCUUAUUACGUAAAAAUUUCCAACUCUGAUCGGUGAGCAACCGACCACCAACCGACUUGCGACCGACCGAAAAAUUCGUAUUCGCUAACGCAGUUGGCGACCGGUUGCCCAACUGUCAUUGAAUGCAGUUUUUGCGACCGAAACAGCGCCACUAGCAAUCGAGUAGCAACCGGUGGAACUAAAGUGACAUACAUAUGAUAAACAAUCGUCGUGUUUAUAAAUCGAAAAAUAAAUAAAUACAUUGUGGGUCGUGAUUGUGAAUUUAAAAUUAACUAUGGGACCUAGUUUUGUUGAAAAUUGAACACAAAUUCAUCCUAAAUUAGCUAAGGACAGUGUUGGGCUUGGAGGGAGAUCAAAGGAGACAAUUAAUAGAAAGUGGGACGAAUUAGCGAUAUGUCUGAAUACUCAUGGAUCUGGAGCUACAAAAAAUGGACAAUGCUGAAGAAGGCGUUUUGGUAACUAUGAAUAUGGAUAAAAAGAGAAUAAGGUUCACGUAUGACGACGAAAUGAUUUUGCUGCGUGAAUUUAUUGCACAAAACCCUAUCCGUUCUCCUGAGAAGUGGGACUCAAUCUUACAGAACUUGCGAGAGCUUACGGGAAAAGAAUUUAUUUUGAGAACAAUAAAAAAGCAUCUGAACCAUCUUCUGGAGCUGUUCCUCAAAAAGGAGGUUAACAGCAAAGUCAAGUCUGGCAUAGAAGAAGUCUAUAAUGAAAGAGAACAUAUGCUCCAAGAAGCCAGCGAGUUAAUGAAAGAGACCUGCUCAACUACACCAGCAAAAAAGAAAAAAGUGGAAAACAAAGCGAAAGAUAUGAUUGAAAAGACACGCAAUGAAAGAGAGGCUAUGGCACUGCUGGCCUUUUCUGAUGUGGAUGACACUUUAAUCGACCAUGAUUACGGUGUUUGUGUUACAGUCGACGUUGACACAGAAAAUAAUAAUAAGUCUGUACAAGAUGUUGGAACUGCAAAACAGAUAUCUGUACAAGAUGUUGGAACUGCAAAACAGAUAUCUGUACAAGAUGUUGGAACUGCAAAACAGAUAUCUGUACAAGAUGUUGGAACUGCAAAACAGAUAUCUGUACAAGAUGUUGGAACUGCAAAACAGAUAUCAGGCCAGACUAACCAAAUAGUGGAUCCAGAUGACUACAGCGUAUAUAGCAUUGCCAUGGCAUCCCAUUCAGAGGGCUACUACUAG